AAAAAUUCCACAAGCCACGCCACCGGCCAUCCUCCAUCGAGCUCGAGUUCGAAUGGAGUCACCCCACCAUGACCCACCCGCCUCCUCCCUCCGUUGAUUUAUAGCCGCCCACCCCGAGCCACGCCCAAGCCUUAUCCUUCUCCUUCUCCGACGACGACGACGACUGACUCCACCUAGCUAGUUCCAAGAAGCGAUCGAGCUCCUGCUACAGACUCCACGCACCAGCCACGGUCUCCGCCGCUCUUGGCUUCCAACCGAUCGACCUUGUGCGGAUGGGGUGCGGUUUCUCGUCCUCGUCGUCGGGGUCGCUGCGCCCGUGCGCGGGGGUGCGGGUCAUCCACACCAACGGCUACGUCGAGGACUUCCACGGCCCCGGCGUCGUCACCGUCGCCCACGUCACGGGCUCCACCAGCAAGGACGACACGCGCUACGUCCUCUGCUCCUCCGCGCACCUGCUGGAGCCCGGCCGCGGCCCCUUCCGCCCCGACGACCCGCUCCAGCCGGGCACCGUCUACUUCCUCCUCCCGCACUCCGUCUUCCAGUCCGAGUCCUCCGCCGUCGACCUCGCCUGCCUCAUGAACCGCCUCACCGCGCUCGCGCGCAAGGGUGGCUCUAGCUCCGCGCCUACACCCAGCCCCGUCGAGGCGCUCUUCGCCGCCACCAGCCACCGGCAGCAGGAGCAGCAGCAGCAGCCGGUGGUGGUGGUGAAGGCGAAGAACGAGUGCGGCGCGUCGGGCCGGCCGGCGCCGUGGAGGCCGUGCCUGGACCGGAUCGACGAGUCCAUCGGCCGCGCGUCCAUGCGUAGCGCCUCCAGCCGCAGCGCCUGCAGCGAGGCCUGAUCCGUCUGCUCGGCUGCUCUCUCUCUCUCUCUCUCUCUAGCAUUUGUCUCUUCUAUAGUGGUUUUCUUUUCUUUGUAGCAUCAAAUCGAUUCAAUGGCGUAAAAAUAGCUAGCAAUGGAGAAUUGUUUUCUUUAAUUCUGGUUGUAAAUUGUUUUCUUGCUCCCACGAGCUGCUAGAUUCACCACCGUAUCUUCUCUAUCGUCAGAGGGCAUCAAGUUGCUUCCAA